UUUAUACCGGGGGAGGAGGGCGGAGUCUCGGGACAAGACAUGGUGGACUCUGGGCCAUUCCUCUUCCUUCCAGAGGUAACAAGAGAGACGUUACAGAUAGUGGGCGUCCCGUCCCGUCCCGUACGUCCAUCAGAAAGUAAGAUUAUGAGCUCGCCGUCGCUGGCCAGACAGGGAAGCAUUGCAAAGAACAAUGGAAUUAGCAGCUGCCUCUGCUCGCCGACGACCCAUGCUGGUUCUUUCCGGUGCAGGCUUCACCGGACACCCACGCUACGGCGGAGCAAGAGCACGGAGCCGUCCUCCUACGGGGACUUACAGUACUCCAACAAGCCUGGUUGUACAAGUUCUGCUGGAACUUGUUGAAUAUUGAUUGUAAUGGCGUAGACGAUGCUCAAGGAUUCUGAUGUCAUGGAAGCGAGCGUUUGUUGGAUAUUGCCUACAAUCCUUUAUAUAUAUACACAUAUAUUUGUAACUGCAUGGUCCUAAAUUCCACAUCUCUGACUGAUCUAUUUCUUCAA